AUGGCCUCCACAAACUACAAGGAAGCCUUCUCCCUCUUCGACAAGCGCGGCAACGGCCGUGUCGCCCUCGACUCUCUCGGCGACCUCCUGCGCGCCUGUGGCCAGAACCCUACGCUUGCCGAAAUCCGUGAUUUGGAGGCUUCUAUCGGUGGGGAUUUUGACUUCGACUCCUUCCAAAAAGUGCUCAACCGCCCCGGCGGAUUCCGCGACCCCGGCGAACCGGAGGAAUACUGUCGUGGAUUCCAGGUUUUUGAUAAGGAUCUGACUGGAUUCAUCGGUGUUGGACAGUUGCGAUACAUCCUCACAAACCUCGGCGAGAAGAUGACAGACGACGAAGUCGACGAAUUACUCAAAGUCGUUGAUACGAGUUCGGGCGAGAUCAAUUAUACCGACCUCGUACGCACUAUCCUCGCAAAUUAA